ACUUAGUUAACGCGUCGCAACGCGUCUCCCUCGCCAGGCCUAAAGUCUUGCAAAUCAUUGAAACCGCACAACAUCAUGUCCCAACCAAUGCUCUCUCUAAAGGCCAGCGACGAGACGCCCAAGGCUGUGGCAAACAUUCUGCCAUGCCGCGUUCACCACAAUGGGCCCGUUGACCCGGUUUCGGCCUACUGGAAACCAACCAUAGCCGACGAUGACACCAAGACCGCGUACUUUCGAGGACGAAAACUUCAAGGAAAGACGAUCAAAUUACCUACCCAGUGUCGAGGCGUCGUCGUAGAGAGGAAGAACAACGAGGCCCCUCCGGCCGAGGCAGUUGUCGAUGUCGACGACGGAGAUGACACACCCGAGCGAGUUGGAUCCAUGCUGGUCACGGCAGAGUUUGAUGAGAUGGUCGUCUGGGAGCAUGAAAACAUGAAUGAUUCCACUGGGGACCCGUACAUCAGGGGCAUGGAAGAGUGGCUUCAGGUCGCUGAUCAGAUCCAUUCUUUCGCGCAAGAGGACGACACUGCCCAAAAAUGACGAAAUCGAACCAAUAAGCACGAGCACAUAUUAAUACUUUAUCGGCGUAUGACUCCUCAUGAGAGGCUUAGAUCCGAUGUUUCGGCUCCUAUGAUCAAGACACCAUGGAGAUAAAAAAGAAAUGGAAUAUGGCGUUUUGGGCAUUUGUUAUUUGAGACAUAGAAGGCUGUUC